CAUCAACGCACCGAAUAGACACCACAUCGACCUAUUCAUCUGGGACUUCUCUCUCUAAUAAUACAGUAUGUAUCUGUCUAUGACAACAAUAAUGUCUGCGUCGCUAACAUGAAUUUUUUUUUUCAGAUUCUUCCAAUUCCACCAUCAACGCACCGAAUAGACACCACAUCAACCUCUUCAUCGGGGACUUCUUUCUCUAAUAAUACAAUUCUUCCAAUUCCACCAUCAACGCACCGAAUAGACACCACAUCGACCUAUUCAUCUGGGACUUCUCUCUCUAAUAAUACAAUUCUUCCAAUUCCACCAUCAACGCACCGAAUAGACACCACAUUCGACUUUCUCUCUUCUCUAAUAAUACAGUAUGUCUAUAACAAUAAUAUUCUUCCAAUUCCACCAUCAACGCACACCGAAUAG